AUGCCCACAGUCUUACUGCCCUCGUCGGCCGCCGCAUUUGCGCCGCGGUCAUCACCCAACGUCGUGCUGAACCGGAAGGUCGUGCCGUGGCUGACAGCAACCUUGAAACGAGUCAACCGAGUCAAACGCCCGCUGAACAACGUCACCCAGCACACCCGAUGCCUGACCGAGACGCUAUCGUCAACUAACGCCAUCUGGACCUUAUGUUCCAUGAUGUUUCCCAAAGCCCCCGAGACGGAGCUGCGCAGAGAUGAGAACCCACUGGUCGAAGGGCUCUUCAACUUCCAGAUGAUCCAUAUUGAAGCCUAUGUGGUCCAUGUCGACAUGGUUUCGCGGAAUGAAGUAGCCUUCAAACUGACGCCGGAGACGAUCGAGAGCCUAGUGGAUUAUCACAAAGACAUCUACUCGGUCGACGUCGUCGCCAAGACGUGGGAUUGGUCAGGCAAGCAGGCGCAGCUAAAGAAACUGCAGGACGAGUUCGUGCAGGCUGCCAACAGGUUCGUGUACCGCGCCAACGCCGAGGCGCUGGAAGGCCUGGAGGAGGAUGGCGCCGGGGAGCUAUUGUGUGGCCGCAGCGAGGAGGCCAAGGCGGCUAUCAGCAGUUUGUUUGUACCGCUGCUUCCUCCUCCACCCCCGGUGGUGGAUGUAAUGCGCCCGGUGCCUCUCCUGCCCAGCUCGACCGGUCCCGAAACCUGGUGGCCUAGCGCAAUGGCCCAGUCCGCCGAGUCGUGGAAAGUACUGCCGCCCAGCCCAACCCCGGCCAGCGAUGAUUCUAAUGCGAAUCUGUGGGCCAGUAUCAGUUUCAGUGAUGCCCAGCUGCCUUCGCCGACCCCAUCCUACAGUCAACCUUUCACCACCUCCUUCGCCCCCUUCGACAGCAUGGCAGCUACAUCCGCAGCGCUCGCGACGCUUCCGCUCCCCAGCAUGCUGGUGCAGCCCUGCGCCACCGCAGCGAACAUGGGCUUCGGCUUCGGCUGGAACCAAUACCAGGAAUGCGCCCUGCCCUAUGGCACGAUCAUGUAG